AUGGUGAAACGGUCGGAUUGCUUUGACCGUAUUGCUGUGACGAAGCAGCGGUCGAGUUGCUUGGGCCGGGAUGGGUCUGGACGGCCACAGUGUGGACUGGGCCAAGUUGUUGGACCGCGGACUGUGUGGGGCUGCUUUGCCCUAGUGACACGGCCAAAGCAUGGAGUGGGCCGUACGUCGUCUCUGCCGGGUAGGUCGGUCCGGGAUUUACCCAUGUUGGCUGGGAUUGCCCCCAGCUGUUCGUCGGCAGCUGAGAAUGUUGGUCGUAGCCUGACGCUUAGGUGCGGCCAGAGAUGCCGAGGCUGCUGCUUUCGCCGUAGGGCUCAAACCUCUCGCACUCUUGGCCUCUCGUUACGGACGAUGUCACCAUUUUCACCUUCAGUUUCUGACAAAAGUCCCACCGGGCGUGCCUGGUGCUCCGGGCUGAGGGGAUGUGCGUCAACAUGUGACGUCCUUCUUUUGGAUGUGGUGCGGUUGUGCGCGGGCGUGCCAGCAUGGUCUACCGUGCGUCGAGAUGAUGAUGAGGUUCGGGUAGAAGAUGGUUUAAAUGUUGCGCCUGUUUUGCGUUCGACUCCUAAUCAAACAAUUGUGGCCGAGAGAGGAACUGAUCUCAGCCGUCAGGUUCACGGCCUGAGCUACAAUGCCGUUUAG